UUAAAACUUUCUCCUGUUAUGUGAGUGGCUUCAAGCCCUACUUUUGCAGUUACAUACAACCUGUGGAAGUUGGUUGCUUGAACAAUUGUAGGCAAAAAUCUGCUCUGAAGCUUCAAAUAUUGUUUGACCUUUGUCCUGUCUCAGUAACUGGGCAAAUACGGGUGAAAGUGUUAUCUAGAGGAUGCCUUUUGCUGUUUUACUUCCCGUUUAAAGUGCAGUGUCAUGGUGAAGCCUGCUCUGCUCCUGCUAAUGUUUCUGGCACUUCAACAAGGAUGUUGGUGUUCCGUUUGUCAGUGAUGAUCAAGCUUUUCUUCCAGUUGGAUGCAUCUAUUUGUCCUGAGAAGUGUGACUGCUCUUCAAAAAAUGCUAUUUAUUGCUCUGGCCCCCACAUAAAAGACCUGGGAUUGUUAAAUCUGCCUUGCAACAUGACAGAAGUUCACAUAACAAAUGCUAACAUAUCAUACUUGCAGGACGUUUUUGCUAGGAUGGUGGAACUGCAACAUCUCAUCCUGUCUUCAAACAACAUCGCUCUGGUUUCACCAAAGGCUUUUAAAGGCUUGGGAAGGCUAAAAGUCCUCAAACUGUUAGAUAAUAAGCUGGUUGAACUUCCCCCAGAAGCAUUUGAUGACAUGGUGCAGCUUCAGCAACUGAUCAUCGAAAAUAACAGGCUGAAAUCCAUCGAGGAAAACCUGUUUGACAAACUGGCUAGUUUGCAGGAGCUUUUCUUGAACAAAAACCAACUAACAGCACUUCCCAGUGAUGUGAUGAAGAAACUCACCCAACUCAGAGUACUGAACUUGUCAAGAAAUUACUUAGCAGCACUGCCUAGAAAUAUAUUUAGUGCAUUAACCAGGCUUGAGAAGCUGAUGCUGUAUAUUAAUAGGCUGUCUUUAAUAGAGUCUGGUAUGUUUGAUAGCCUGAAGGAGCUGCAGGAGCUUUUUCUGCAUUCCAAUAACAUCCAUUCCAUUGCCCCUGAUGCAUUUCAUUGUCUUCGUAAACUAAGAACCCUGACACUCUCCAGAAACAGGCUUCAGGUUUUGCCUUCUGGGCUUUUUUUGCACUUGCAUGACCUGUCUAAACUGACCUUGUACAGGAACCCACUGAAGUCUCUUCCAGAAGUAUUGUUUGGAGAGAUGAGGCAUCUUGGUAGCCUAUGGCUCUAUCACACAAAGCUCUCAACAAUACCAGACUUUGUCUUCAGUAACUUGACAAAUUUAGAGCUUCUUGUGCUGAGUUUUAACCCGGAGCUUACGGUUCUUCCUAGGAAUGCAUUCAGUGGCCUGAAUGAACUGCGGGGCCUUUCUCUCCAUACAAGUAAUAUUUCCAAUUUGCCAGAGGGAAUCUUUCUGAGCCUUCAGAAACUGCAGAACAUUUCCCUUUUUGAUACAAAGCUUGAGGUUCUUCCUAGAAACCUCUUUCGUAAUCUCAAGCACCUCCAGAAAGUUUACCUGAAUAGUAGUAAUCUGCAGUCUCUUCCUGCAGACUUCUUUACUGCUUUACCUGAGCUGGAAGAAGUUGUCCUUGAUGACAACCCUUGGAAAUGCGAUUGCCAAAUUCUUGGCUUCCGAGAAUGGCUCCAAAAGAGUACAACAAUAGUUAAAAAUGUGCAAUCUCUAAUGUGCCACAGCCCAAUGGCACUGCAGAAUAUUUCUCUUGUGUCUCUAAGCAUUGAUGACCCAGAGUGCCUGCCAACCACAGCUAUGACAUAUCAGACAUUCAGCUCAACUUAUUGCCAGACUUCAACAUCUGCUGUGACAGAGCCCUUCACAUCAUCUGGGGACACUGCUGUAACAGUGCUAUCUGACAUGGAAACUAUCAGCACACCCACAUCAAUUCCUCCUGCAACUCCAGAUUUUAUCUACUCCCAUGUUGAAGGUGUUGGACAACCUGGGUUACAUUUCUCAGAUGUUCCAGUUCAAACUUCUCCCAGCAUCAUAGCACAAACCAACAGUGUCAGAGGGACAGAUUUAACUACUCUCGUCUGGUGGGAUGAGUUUCCAGCCCUCAGAAGUGCUAAACCCUAUUCUAAUACCAGAGUUACUUAUUGCCAACUAUUCUUGUGUGUUCACAGUUUGAUUUUAACGCUCCAGACUGUAGUCAUUGUGCUCAGUCUAUAUGUGAUGGGUAACACCAGGCAACUCUUGCACUCCAGAAAUUUUCCUGCUCAGCCUGUAGUUCUGAUAAGAAUAUUAAGAAGAUAGAGAAAUCCAGCCCAAGAAAGAACUGGAAGUGUUGCUUUGGAUACUUUUUGAACAUUUGAGCAGUUAAUACUUGAUUCAGAUCUGGAUUACAAAUUUUUAUAGUAAAGACCAUAAGGACCUUGUCUUUAUAUCAUAAUGGAAAUUAGUUUUAUGCACCCCACAGCAUUUCCCAAGAGUGGCUGUAAUCACUAUAACUUGAUACAGCACUUGGUGCAUGAACCCAGAGGGCGAGAUGAAAGUGUUUGUGGUCACCUCUACCUACAUGUGUGCUGUGGGUUUCCUGCCUGCUGAGUGCAGCCCUGGCCCUGC